AUGACGUCAGUUGAUGUAGAGAGGUCGUUUUCGCUUUGUACACACAAACUAGUUGGCGUUGUUAAGAUUCUAUCAGGAAAAAUGAGACAUAAGCAAAACAAUUCACAUAAAUAUUUGUGCGAAAAAAAUAUAAUGUGUAUGAGACCGUUGUUGGCAAUUGAAUACUUUUAUGGAAUAUUUAGAUUUCCCAUAAAUGAUUUUUUUCUUCAUGUAGACAUACGAAUAAAAUUGCUCAGUUUAUUGAUUAGUUCAACGUGGGUUACAAGUUACUUUGUAUUUUGUUUUGCACCACUGACAAGGCCCGUCAUGGCGACUACAGCAGACUUUGUGGAUGAAACAGGAUGGAUUAUAAUUGCCAUUCAGUAUCUUAUGACGAUGCUAAUAUUGGUCCUAUUUAAAAACAAAACCAAUAAAAUCAUUGUGGAAAAGUUUGCUGAGAUUGACUGUGCACUACAAACAAUUAUUAAUGACGAUUUCUACAGCGAGUCACGCAAAGAUGCGAAUAAGUUAACAAUUUUAUAUUUUGUAUCUUGUAUAUUGUUAACAGUAUUUGCUAUAACCUUAGAACGUGAUUUCCCAAUACAAUAUUUAAUUUAUUUAGUGAUUUAUUUUGAACGAAAGAUAGAGGUCUUUAUGUUUUGCCACAUUAUUUCCAUGCUGAGGCAAAGAAUUUUGGUAAUAAACAGUUAUUUCGAACAUUUUUUUAAAAACCGCAGAACAGCAGAAGAAUCGGCCAUCAACAAUCAAGCAUGGGCUAAAGGAAGUAUCAAAUUCAUAGGACAGGUCUCUUUAAAAAAGUUGAAAAUGCAAAAGCUAGUUAGUGCCUACAAUAACGUGGGAGAAUUAUGUUAUUCGAUUAACAGUGUUAGCAAUGUUUUUCUCCUAAUGACUUUUAUAUCUGCAUUUAUUUAUAUAAUCUGUACGUUCUGGUCAUCUUUGUACUACCUUAAAUCAAAUAAAAGUUUCACAUCCUUGUUAAGGGUUAUCGUCUUCAGCAGCGCUGAACUAGUCUCAAUUAGUAGCAUAUCUUUCUACUGCGAAAGUAUUCUUGUAGCAAAAAAUAGAUUAAAAGUCUAUUUAAACAAAACAAUCAAUGAUUAUAGUUUACCAAAACAUACGAGGAUGCAAGCAAAAAGUUUUCUUGAAGUAACGCUAGUGUGGCCUCUGCACAUUUUUGUUUUCGACAUGUUUCCAGUUAACCUAAAAUUAAUACUUGAUUUUAUAAGCGUGUGCACUUCUUACUUAGUUAUUGUCGUUCAAAUUUCUCACCUUAUGUAA